UUGAGAGAGACAGAGAAAUUGUGAGUGGGGGAGGGCAGAGAAAGAGGGAGAAUCGCCAGCAGGCUCCGCAUUAUCAGUGCAGAGCCCUUUGCAGGGCUCGAACUCCCUUACCGUGAGUCAUGACCUGGGUGGAAAUCAGGAGUCUGACGCUAAACUGACUGAGCCACCCAGGCGGCCCACAGAAAUACAUUUUUGAAUGCACGCCUAAACAGUGUAUGUUUCCUCGCUUCCCUCCUGUGGGACUCAUGCUCAAAACCCAGCCAGGCUAAGGUUUUCCUUUAAUAUAGGUUGUGUUCUUAAUAUUGGUGGUGUUGGUAAUAGGAACUAUGACUGUUUUGUUUAAUGAUUCCUGUUAUCUCAUUUAAGCCUUAGCAAAACGAAGCAGGUAAUUUAUCUCCGGGUUAUAAAUGAGGUGGGGGGAGCUCAGAGAGGUUAAGUAACUUGUCGUGGAGUGAAUGUUUCAACUGGCCUCCCUCUGUCUCCAAAGCCAGUGCUGGCCACCAUUACCUGUGUCGUCGCCUCUUGUGGAGCUGCGAUUCAGUGGAAGACUCUAGAGCAGUUAGAGCAGUGCCCGAGGCCUUCGGUAACGAUUUUUGCAUUAAAGUUUAGGGACAAUGCCUGGCUGGCUCAGUCAAUGGAUCAUGCAACUCUUGAUCUCGGGGUUGUGAGUUCGAGACCCAUAUUGGAUCUAGAGAUUAUUUAAAUGGAUAAAAAUCUUUAAAAAAAUGUAGGCAUAGUUUUUAUUUAAAUUACACAUCACUUGGGGCGCCUGGGUGGCUCAGUCGGUUAAGCGUCUGACUUCGGCUCAGGUCACGAUCUCACGGUCCGUGAGUUCGAGCCCCGCAUCGGGCUCUGUGCUGACUGCUCAGAGCCUGGAGCCUGUUUCAGAUUCUGUGUCUCCCUCUCUCUCCGACCUUCCCCGUUGAUGCUCUGUCUCUGUCUCAAAAAUAAAUACGUGUUAAAAAAAAAAAAAUUACACAUCAGUCUUCUAAGCACACACACAGGCAAAGAUAAUCGAAAUGUAUUAAGACAUUCCUAAAACUCCACAUUUCAGAGUCCACUGCUUCUCUAUUACUUUUUUAUUUCAAGUUGUUGAGGUCCGUGUUCUUCUACACGGUAUCGUCUCCAGUUCAGUAACCGUUUAUUGAAUGAGUCAAUGAAUCUAGUAAUUUUUAUAGCUAAAGAAUUUUAUAACACCAACACAAAAUGUUUGCAUUUAACUUAAUUCGGUUUCAUACUCAAAGGUUAGGACCACCGGAAGGACAACCUUCCCCAGAAGGUUACUAAGGAACUUUAAAAAUUUCCUUCACCUGAAUUUUAAACGUGAAUUUUUUUCUUAAGUUUCAGUCUGUGAGCUCCUGAAGAGCAGGAAGUCCCGUCUUCCCCAUUUUUGUCUCAGCGCACGUAAUAAGUGCUUGAUGAAUGUACACUUACCAAUUGUGAAGAAAGUGAAGAUGAUAUUACCAACCAGGUUGGUAAGGAGAGGUUGCCCGCAGUAUCGGGAAGAUCUGGGUCUAAAAUCAAUACACAGGGUCAUACGUUAAUUUAUCAAUUAUUGGAAGAAAUUCACCCUGUAAGCACGAUACCAGAAGGCACUAGCCCUUGAAUUCUAAUCUUACUUCUGGCCCUGGGUUCAUUUGGUUCCAGGCAACUCCCUUUUAUUAACUGCAAAUUAACGCUGCUAAAUAGCCUACUAGUAAUAUUGAGAGUUGUUAAUAUUUCUGAUCGGUGGACAAAUAAUGUUUACUGUCUUUCUAAUUCAUGUUAACUUGAUAUUUCGGUGGAAAAUAUCAAGAAGAUAGUUUGUGGGAAUUCUGGCCUUCUGGAGUAAGGAAGUUGGUCUAACUGCACACAAAACUCCUAGACCUAAGUUGGAAAAUUUGAAUUAGGCUAAUUCCAGGGAGUGUCACAGUUCCCAUUUCUGUUUUGUCCCUUUUGUGGAUUCUCGGUUUUCAGAUUAUUUCAGACUUUCCACAUGUUUAGAGCUGCAGUUUUUUAUUCUGAAUGUAUCGGGUUGCAUUUAUUUCAUUUGUCCAGUGACAGAGUUAUUAGCUGACUGACCUUUUCCGCAAGACUAAUGUCCAACAUAGAAUCUGAAAUAAGGUAUCAAGUCAUAAUCUGGUCACGUAUAUCUAUGUCGCCCUCGGCCCUGCAGACGUUAGCUCAUGCUAGGCUGUUGAGACUGGGCUCUAGGGAAUCCAUAAGUGGAAACAUUGGUGCCCUCGUUGUCUCCCAUCUAACAGCUUCUUGUACUAAAAGAAGGAAGUGUUAAAACUCCAUCUGCCCAAAUCCCAACUGUUCUGUUCAUAUUGAGAUUUUUGACUUUUUCAAAGAGGUGAAGCAGGUGACCACCAUUGAUAACAGGGACAAAAACAUGGGUCAGGCUGCAGUUAAACUCAUCACAGGAAUGGCAGAGCGCACCAGAACCAUCUCCAGAGGUCAGGCCCACAUGCUGAGCUGCCCUGUGCUGGGGGUGGGGGGUGAAAACACUUACCUUAGCAGAACGUACAGCUGGAGGACUAGAGCGGUGGUCCCAAACAAGAACACCGUCACUUGGCUGCGUGAGACACAGCGAGUUAUGUUUUACAUUACUUCUUUAGUGAUCAAAUGGCUUCAAGAAACCGAAUUUAGGUUCUGUUUCAUGACAGUGUCACAUUAGACCACAGAGAGAAAGUUUUAAACAUAACAAAGAUGACUUGAGAUCCAUUCCAUUUGAGCACAAUUAUGUCUAAUAAAACUUCACGAAGAUUAGAACUGCCAUUUCCUGAACUCCUACUACGUAGCAGGUGCUGUGGAUACUGGUCCCCAAGGGAUCUUUAGAACCUUGGUUCCUUUACUGUGACUUGUAAGUUCAUGCCUUAAGACAGCUCACAGAUAAUUGUGAAAGUUAACAUUCAUCAUGAGUAGACAAAUGUGUCAGACAUUUUUAUUCACUUUCCUAUUUAAUAUGCACAAAAUCCAAUGAGAUAGGGACUCUGGUUCCCCAUUUCAUAAAUGAGGAAACAGACUCAGAAAGACUAAGUGUCUUGUCCAAGGACAAACACCCAGUAGUGAUAGAGCUAGAGUUUGGAGCCGGGUCUGAGAGUCCUGACCAUGGCCCUGUGCUGUGCCAGCCGCUGCCUCCUGCCACCCGGUUCUCAUGGGGUGUAACCAAUAAACAGAGUAAGCCGACCCACCCAGCUUCCACAACCAGAUGAAGUCUGCUGUUUCUGCUCAUUUUUGAAAUUCUUUUGAAAUUACAUGUACUUACGUGCAACAGAAGAUAGUGUAAGAUAAUAUAAAAUCCAUGCAUAUGAGAAUAUCUUAAUCUGAAAAUAAUAAUACAAGAUCCAUGCAUAUAAGAUCUUCCUCAGUAACUGAUAGUUCUCUUUCUUCAUCAUAAGCUCUGUUAUUUACCUUGAUUAUUUUAUAAAUGAGGUUUAGCACUGAGGGACCUUAGGGUAUCUGUAGAAAUUAAAUCUACCCAAAGACACAGAUUUAUCCCUGUUGAAAGUAUUAAAAAAAAAAUAGUCUCAAAAUAUACCCCAAGACUGUUUAAAGCAGUGAAACAUUGUUACAACUAGAAUACGUUAGAGGCUUGAUGGGACCUUUUUGAAAGGAAUAGCAUCUUUUUAGGGGUAUAAAUUCCAAUCAGUUGACAAGUCAACGCAUUAACAUUCAGUCAACAUAGAUUUAAUUAUAUUGAGCAUUCUGAAAUGUUACAAGAUGGUUAACUUUUUCAAUGUUAACAUUGAAAAAACUGACUUAAUGUUUACAAAAUGUUUCAUUAAUGUUUACAUCUCAGUAUUUUUCAAACCUGAGAAAGUCACCGGGCGCCUGGGUAGCUCGGUCAGUUAAGCAUCCAACUCUUGGUUUUGGCUCAGGUUGUGGUCUCAUGGUUUCAUGGGGUCGAGCCCCCUGUAGGGUUCUGUGCUGGCAGCACUGAGCCUGCUUGGGAUUCUCUCUCCCUCUCCCUCUGCCCCUCCGCCUCUCACACGGUGUCUGUCUCUUUCAAAAUAAAUAAACUUUAAAAAAAAUUUAAGAAAGUAUUAUACAUCAGCUAUAUUUCAGUUUUUUAAAAGAAAAAUGUGAUUUAAAAAUUGAAAGUAAAUUUUAGUUCAAUGUCAAGACUGUCUCAGGAAGAAAUGAGUUUUUUGUUAUAGCAAGCUGGGGAGGGUCACUUACAGCCUGAGCCGGUAUGAUCUUGGCAGCCAGCAGUGCAGGUGGUAGGCUGUGUGGGCCAGACAGAAGUGAAUCAUGGGGAUGCUGGUCCUUGAGCACCUGGAGCAAAGCAAGGAGGACCCAGAACGGCCCUGUUAGAGCUUCCAAACUACUCCUCCCAUUUGUCACCAGCUUGUCCCCUUUCCCUACCCACAUAUUGUGGUACCUUGCAGCGAUACAGAGGAAGUACUUUUCCUUGGAGAGGGACGGAUCCUUGUUUUUUUAAACACCCUGGGCUACAGUGGAGGGUGACUGUAACUCAAUUCUUCAGUGGUUUUAAAGGUCUAGAGUCUAGUGUGAGCUCAAGUUGUCUGUCUUCAUGAUGAAUUAAUAGAACUGAGCCGGAUAUUUGAGAUAGGUUGUGAAUGUGACCAGGGAGAAAGCUUCCUUCAGCUAAGAGAUCAGCUUGCUCCAGCCCCUUGCCCAGCCUUUCCCCUGAGGGGGGUGGGGAGACUGGAAACCUGAGUGCAUCCCCAAGGUUGGGGAGGAGCUCUAAGCUCUUUGUUCUGUCCUUCCCUGAACAGCAGACAGCUCCUUGGGGACCCAAACCUCCCCUUACAGCUUUAUUGUUCUUCCUGCCCACAGCUCAAUCUCCCGUGGGGAGUGGUGUCUGAAACUUGAGGUGGGCGGGGCUGGAACUGACAGGCUCUCAUUGAUCAUGCUCAGAAGCUGGCAGGAUACCCUGAUUUCCCUGUGGGCCCUGUCGGGCAUGUCGUAGUCACCACCACCCCAAUAACCACAGGCACUCUGUAUGGGAAUUGGGGGGUAGGGAUGGGAGGGGUGGGAACAAGCCUCAAGUGAACCCUGGUAUCAUCCUUGAGCUGGUAAUUGAAAGGUAGGACAUUUAAAUCAUUCUUAUGAAUUAACUCAUUUUUUUAAAUGCUGUGUGGAGCAUUACCGACCCUUCUCUCUUUAUUUCUUAUCAACAAUUAGCAGUGUCCCUGUGACCCCUACCACUAUGCUUUGUUGGGAGAAAGCCUCAAAUGUUUAUUGAAUAAAUGUUUAUUUCCAUUCUCACUGACUAUUUAAAUUGAGGGACUCAUAACUUUGUAACUGGCCUCCAGUCACAUGACUUGUAACUGGUCUUGUUUUGCCCCUUCCAGUUAAUCCCACAGCAUCACCAUCAUCAGUGUUGUCACUUCCCUCUCAAGUAACAGCUGUCGUUUAUUUUAGCACUGUUCUAGGGAAUAUGCAAGCACGUUGCCAUGUAUUAGUCUCAGAAUUAAUCCUCACGGUGACUGAAAUUGGUUGUCAUUAUCCCUGUUUUACAGAUAUGGAAACUUAAGACUUGUAAUUAAGUGAUUUGGUUAAGCUGAUAAAAUCAAUUAAGGUUGUAAGUCCCCAUGUCUUAUUAUUUUUCUAAAACAUUGUGUAGAACCGUGUUGUAACUCUGUUGCCCAGAAACCUUCAAAGGUUCCCAUUGCCUGAGGGGUUAACAUGCACUUUUCUCACCUCCUCAACCAGGAGGGCUCAUUUCCAAACUACACAGCUCUGGUUUAAUGCCUCCCCCCACCCCCCGCCACCCUUUUUUAUUUAUUUCUUUUGAAAGAAAGAGAGGAGAGAGAGAAUCCCAAGCAGGCUCCAUGCUGUCAGCACAGAGCCCAACUCAGGGCUCGAUCUCAAACCAUGAGAUCAUGACCUGAGCUGAAAUCAAGAGUCAGUGAGGGACACCCGGUGGCUCAGUCAGUUAAGCGUCUGACUUCGGCUCAGGUCACGAUCUCACUGUUUGUGAGUUUGAGCCCCGCGUUGGGCUCUGUGCUGACAGCUCGGAGCCUGGAGCCUGCUUCUGAUUCUGUGUGUCCCUCUCUCUCUGCCCCUCCCCUGCUCACGCUGUCUCUCUCUGCCUCUCAAAAAUAAAUAAAUGUAAAAAAAAAAUUUUUUUUUAAAAAGUCAGAUGCUCAACCUACUGAGCCACCCAGGUCUCCCAUUUUUCUUUUGAUGAGUGAGCCUAGGAAUCAGGAAUCAAGUGGCCCUGGGUCUGGCACUCACUGUCUUUGUCCAAUGAGAGCAUAGAAUCUGAGCAAAAGUGACUUGGUCACCCUGGCACUUGGGUCUAGACAUUGUUGGGCUAUAAAUCAGUGGUCCUGACACAGGUUGUUUGAGCCCUGGGAAGUCUUGGAAGUGCACAGCGAGGUAUAUGACAGCCUCUAUUUCCAGCGCAUUUUCAACCCACUAUUGAUCUCAGAUGUUUGUAAUACUGAAAAGUUAGAAAAACGUAGAUGUCCAGUGGUGGAAGAUUAACUAGAAAAACGAAAUAUCUAACAAUAGCUUAUUUUUUGGAACAAGCUAAAUGACUUUGGCCAAAUUUGUUUUUGGUGGUGAGGCUUGAAUGAUAGGUGUGUGAACGCAUUUUAUCCAUUGAAAAGUAUCAUACAGCUGUGUGUUUAUUAUCUUUCAUUGUAUUUCUACAUUAAUUGGAAAAAUACUCCAGCCUGUAUAGGUAAUUCCCCCAAAGUUCCCCACAUGCUUCUAGCAAUUUGGCAUCAUUGGAAUUAUAUUUAUAAGCUCUCAGAAUGAUUCUUUUGAAACAUAAUUUGGAUAUAUAAGAAUAUUUUUUAGAGACGCCUGGGUGGCUCAGUCAGUUAGGCAUCCGGCUCUUGGUUUCAGCUCAGGUCAUGAGCUCACAGUUCGUGAGUUCAAAUUCUGCUUGGGGCUUUGUGCUGACAGUGCAGAGCCUGCUUGGGAUUCUCUUUCACUCCCUUGCUCUCUGUCCCUCCCCAUUCGUGCGUAUGUACUCUCUCAAGUGAAUAAACUUAAAAAAAAUAUUUUUUUUAAAUUUUACAAUAACAAAACUAUUUUUUGAUAGUUAAUAAGCAGUUUAUCAAAAAACCCAAAAACUGAGUGAUUUGAGUUUAAGAGAUUUGAAGGCUCACUGUGUUGGGGAGCAACAACUCCUGUGUUCUCAGAAGUCUUUCUAGCUGGACUAAGAAUCAGAGUGACAUGAGGGGGCUGAGAGGAAUAAAACCACUGUAACAGGUGUACAUAUGGGGGAUCCACAUAGACACAGCAAUUCCAAAGUCAGGCAACAUGAGGUCUGUAUGUCACUCUGAAGUCAGAAGGGGUGGGGGUCUGUGUUUUCAGAGGAGAGUAAUGCGCUUUGUGGGGCGAUAAAAACAUGUUUGGUAAUUAAGACGUUUGCCCUGCUAUACAGAUGGGUCACUCAGAUAAAAUUUAUCUCCGCUAAUAACCCUUAUUCUGAGAAAGACCUCCAAUUUAGAUUCUUCUGUGUUCUUAAGGGAGGGACAGAAGUUUCUCUUGAGCCCACAGGGUUCUCAAUACCUUCUGCUCAAAAUAAUCCACAUGCCAAACUGGCACAUUCUGAACCUCUUCAGCUGACUCCCAGCACAAUGAAUGAAAAAGACCCCCACUAAGACACAACAUUGUGGCAUUUCAGAUUCAGAGCAUUGGGGAUAAGGAAAACAUCCUACAAAUCUUCCAAAAAGAAAAAAGGUAUGUAAAAAAGGAAAAGAAUCAGAAUGGCAUUAGACUUUCAGCAGUAGUGUGGUAUGCUAGGAGACAAUGAAGAAAUGCAUUCAUAAUUUUAAAAGAAAAUAAUUUCAACUUGCUUUUUUCUCAGCUAAGCCGCUCAUCUCUGAAGGAAGGAUAAAGACAUAACCAAACUUAUUUCCCAUGUACCUUUUAUUAUGAAGCUACUUGAGGAUACAUUCUAGAAAAAUCGGGACAUAAACCAAGAAAGACAUGAUGCAGGCCUCAGAAAUAGGGGAUCUGACUCAGAAGAGAGAUGAAAAAGGUUUCAGAAUGAUAGCUGUACAAAGGAUUAGAGACUUUCAGUCCACAUUAGAGAAUGAGUUCCGGGAGAAAAACCCUUCAGGAUAAAAACCAGAGUCAAUAGAGUAAUAAUGUUUGGUUGAACCAUUUGAAAUUCAUGUUUUUGUAGAUUAAAAAGAGUUGAACUAUAGCGACAUUAUGUGCAGCAUUAAUAGUAGCUACAUUCACAGUGUGUUUAUUUCUUGUCAAAAGCAGUUGCGUGUAUUGUCUCGCUUAAUCCUCAUGAUGGUCACAAGGUAGGUACUGUUAUUUUCUCUAUUUUAAGAUUGAGAAAACCGGGACAAAGGAAGAUUAGGUUAAGGUCAGGUUGUCCUAGGUCAUCCAGUCCAUGUAGGUGAUUUCUAUGCAGGCAGUCUGGUUUCAGAGCAUAGGUUGCUUCCCCCCCCCCCCCCCCCAUAAUGUCUCUAAUAAUGUCUCUGCCCAACAUGGGGCUUGAACUCGUGACCCGGAGAUCAAGAGUUGCGUGCUCUACCAACUGAGCCAGCCAGGUGCCCCACAGAGCAUAGGUUCUUAACUGUUGUGCUAUAACAGACAGGAGAUUGGAGGAUACUGUUCUGUGGAAUCCGGCCGGUCCCAGGAGCGAGACCUGCAACACUGACCGCCAGGUUACCAUACAGUGAAGCCCAUUGUGCAUGGGCCCUACUCACCCACUCAGAACUUCCUAUCAGCUCUUGUUGAAAGAAACUGAAAAUGUAUCAUUCAUGUUGGUAGAGAGAUAAGAGAAUGCAUUGGUGAAAGAACAGAACACCAUAAAAAGGAACAUUUAGAGGACAAAAGUCUUUUUUUUUCUCUAAGUUUAUUUAUUUAUUUUGAGAGAGAGAGAGAGCACAAGCAGGUGAGGGGCAGAGAGAGAAAGAGAACCCCAAGCAGGCCCCAUAUUGUCAGCACGGAGCCCGACACGGGUCUCAACCCCACAAACCGUGAGAUCACGACCUGAGCAGAAAUCAAGAGUUGGACGCUUAACCCACUGAGCUACCCUGACGCCCCUAGAGGACAAAGGUCUUUAAAAUGAAGGCUAUAAUAGCAGAACUGAAAAUCAGCUCAACAGAUGGAGGAUGGAGUUGAGAAUAUCUAGAAAGCGGGAAAAGAAAAGAAAAUGAGAAGACCAGUCCAGCUGCCUCAGCUCCAAAUAAUAGCCAUUUCCAAAGAGAACAAAGAAAACGGAAGGCAGAAUGUCAUCAUUCAAGGACCUUUCCCAGAACUGAAGUUUAUGAGCCUCAAGUUUGAAAGGGUCUGCCCAGUGCCCAGCACAACAGAUGAAAAUAGAGUCACACUAGAGGACAUCAUUGUAAAAUUUCGGAACGCUGGGGACAAAGAGAAGAUCUCACAAGCUUCAGGGGAGGAAAAAUACAACGAGCAGGGUGUCCAAGUUUUCCAUUUAGAUCAACAACUUCAAAUUCUUAGCAUGGAGAAUUCAGAGAAGACAGAAGUGGUUCUUCUUGCUUGUGGCUCCUUUAAUCCUAUCACCAACAUGCACCUGAGGCUGUUUGAGCUGGCCAAGGACUACAUGAACGGAACAGGAAAAUACAGGGUCAUCAAAGGCGUCAUCUCUCCUGUGGGCGAUGCGUAUAAGAAGAAAGGACUCAUCUCUGCCCACCACCGAGUUAUCAUGGCAGAAUUAGCCACCAAGAAUUCAGAAUGGGUGGAAGUUGACACCUGGGAAAGUCUUCAGAAGGACUGGGUAGAGACCUUGAAGGUGCUAAGACACUAUCAGGAGAAACUGGAGGCCAGUAGCUGUGAUCAGCAGCAGGACUCACCUAGGCUGGAGAGGCCUGGACGGAAAAGGAAGUGGGCUGAACAAAGACAAGAUUUUAGUCAAAAGGAAUUGCUAGAGCCAAAAACAAAAGAUGUGCCAAAAGUAAAGCUGCUGUGUGGGGCAGAUUUAUUGGAAUCGUUCGGUGUUCCCAAUCUGUGGAAAAGUGAGGAUAUCACCCGAAUUGUAGGAGACUAUGGGCUCAUCUGUAUUACUCGGGCUGGAAACGAUGCUGAGAAAUUCAUCUACGAAUCCGACGCACUGUGGAAACACCGGAACAACAUUCACCUGGUAAAUGAAUGGAUCACCAAUGACAUCUCCUCCACAAAGAUCCGGCGAGCCCUCAGAAGGGGCCAGAGCAUUCGCUACUUGGUGCCAGACCUUGUCCGAGAGUAUAUCGAAAAGCAUGACCUGUACAGCCCUGAGAGUGAGGAGAGGAAUGUUGGGGUCGUCCUGGCUCCUUUGCAGAAAAACACUGCAGAAGCUAACUCGUGACUCCUGCACUUUGGACUUGUCUGUUGGGAAUGUGAAAGAGUCUGGGUGUUAGUGACCGGGAAGAAGAAUCGUGAUCCUGUUUCAUAAACUAAAGCUUUUUAAAAGUUUGGUAAAAAUCACCAGUAGAUGAAAAUAUGGUUUGUCUUUUUUUUUUUUUUUUUAAUGUAAUGCUUUUUAAAAAAAAAAAAAAAAAAAACAUGUUUAUUUGGAGAGAGAGCGAGCGGGAGAAGGUCAGAGAGAAAGAGGGAGAGAGAGAAUCCCAAGCAGGCUCCUCACUGUCAGUGCAGAGCCCAACGUAGGGUUCGAUUCUGUGAACUGUGAGAUUAUGACCUGAGCCAAAUUAGGAAUUGGAUGCUCAACUGACUGAGCCACCCAGGCGCCCCCACGUCUGUCUUUUUAUUGGAAAUUGUCAAAAUGGAUGUUUUCAAGAUGGUCUUUUUUUUUUUUUUUUUAAAGAAUGUACAAAUCCUUUAAUCUUUAAAACAAGGGAUUAGCAGCACUAAAACCAGAAGACAUUCAACUAUACUAACUACAAAUAAGUCAGAAAGGACCUCUCUGGUCUACCACAUAAGCGGAGCAAAGUGGGAAAGCAAGAGUCCAUUUAAAAUCUUAACUUCAGUUAGAAAGGGAAUUAACAUUUUAUGCGUGCCCAUUUCUAGGCAUUCUUCACCGAGGGGGCCAAGGAAACAAUUCUUAAAGUAGUGAUCGUGUAAAAUGCACCGCUGAUCGGUCAUCUUCAGCUACGCAGGAUACAGGUUGUGAAUACGCCUGGCAGAAACCGUGCUAACGAUUCAGUCUCUCUGGCAGACGUCAGAAAUUGGCCACUUCAGCUCUGCCAAGACGCACCUCCCUGGAGCUUUACCUUUGGAGGCUGGGAGAAAGGUCCAGGCCCUCAGAGUCAGAAAGGUGCACAGGUGUUUCUGAUGCCCACCAGAGGCAGAGAAACAGUCUGGGGAAGGGAAUUGCAUCCUGUUUCAUAAACUAAAUCUUACAAGUUUGGUAAAAAAUCAGUAGUAAAUUAAAAGGUUGUACAUUAUGUGUGUUCUCUUAGCACGGCCUCUCGUGGCUCUGUCCGUCUGCCCUUUUGCCGUCUCUGCAGGAACAACUUCAGAGAUGUUAUCAUGCUACCUGGAACAGAGAGGACCGUGGAGAACGAGGGAUCCUGUUUAAGGGUUUUAUUAAGUGUCCGUGCUCUUAGCCUUUCUUGACAGCUUAAUAAUCAAAAGAUGAACGAAGGUCCUAAGAACAUGAGAAAUGCCUCACUGAGUCAGCUCAGCAGUCCUUCUGGCUCAGAAUCUCAGAAGAACACUCUGUGAUCUCACUCUCAAAUUCUCUGUUGAGUUUCUCAAGAGCCCCUCUGUUCCUGCUCUGGCCCACCGUGAACCUGCCAUGUGUGAAUUUAAGCAGUAAAAGGGUCUACUUUCUUACACUUCUUCUCAUCCUUUUGUCUGGAUUUUAACCAAAGUAGAACUCCCAAAUAAUAAUCGAAGUCAUAGUUUCUAUGUUACAAAUGCAAGCUUGUUAUAUAUAGUUUGAUGCAUUAUGAUUUUGUGGAAAUUUUACCAGUUGGUAAAGCAAAAAAGACCAGAAAUAGCUUUUAUAGAGUAGUUUCAUGUUGCAUGAAAAUUAUCCUGUGAUAAAAAGUUCACUUUCUGAUGCAAAUAGAAUAAUUUACCUUUUUUCAAUUUAUAUUUUAUACCUACACCAUUCUAGAUGAAGGAUUAAUAACCCUGCCAAAGAAAAAUACAGCUGUGUGGUUGUACAGUCAAAUCUGAAUCCACAGUUCGAAAAGGGAAAAUAUUAAAGCUGGCAAACAAA